AUGACACAUCCAGGAUUUCAUCAUCCUAUUUCCAAUGAUCCUGGGAUCGCUAUCAUUUAUACAUCUCUUUGGGAUGUCCUUAUAACAAUUACCAUGCGUGCACUUAAAGGACUUGAAGAUAUUAUUGGAUUAAGUAUUACGGAUUGUAGAAGAAGUGAUAAAGGUUUGAAAUUUAGUUCGCCAGAAGAAAUGCCGGGAUGUAUUCCGGAUACUGUAAACAACUUUACAUAUAUCUACGAAUUAUAUCAAAAGGCGGAUCCUAAAUAUGAUCAAACGUCA